UGUUAUCAUAUGCUAUCACAUUCUGUCUUCCUCCCAUCCCUUGUUUCAAUUCGCAUGUAUGGUUUGACUGUGUGUGAAAGAAUUUGUGUGGUGUGUUCUGGAGUUUGGGAAUGUGUUUUGUGUUAUUCUGUUUGAGCAGGUAUUUGCGAUGAUAGAUCUUGAGAAGAUCUUUCUGAGGCAACAAGAAUCGCUUCAAUCGGAGCAAGAACGCGAAAGCUAUGAAAAUUCAAAGUUCAUGAGCUUGCGUUACAAUUGCGGCGGUUACUAAGUGAAGUUGUGGGGUGACUUUAUAUGGAGUUGGGACCUUUGGGGUUGGGGAAACUUGUCACUCUACUUCACAUGACCCCACGGGCAGAUUUGCUUGAUGAGGUAAAACCCCCUGGGAAGAUCAAGUAUGUGGCAGCAGCGUCAGGUGCUUUGCUCCCUGUCAUUGGUGUUGGAAAUGCCAAGGUUAAGGGAGCUAAUGGGGAGCUUGUGGGGCUUGGGAAUGUUCUGCUGGUUAAAGGCUUGUCUGCUAACCUUCUCUCUGUGCGACGACUGCAGAAGAGCAAGGCCGAAGUGACCUUUGGACCAACCAGCUGCCGUGCUAAGCUUGGGAAGAAGCUCGCCAAGAAUGCUUGUCUGCAUGGGCUGACAAAACACAUAAGGCCUAAGUGGCAUUGGGUGAGGAGACUCCUUGAUAAGGAGGUGCGGCUGGAGAUAGUGAAGACACAUCAGCAGGCAGCAGAUAUUUUCACCAAGCGUCUGGCGGAGGCGGAUCAUUGGAAGGGCAUGAAGCUUGCUGGGAUGAGUGUGCAUUGAGUAUGCAUGCUUGAGAUGUGGUAUGGUGGAUGAUGGUUGGCAGCCAGAGGGGGAGAUUGUUGUGUGAUGUUAUCAUAUGCUAUCACAUUCUGUCUUCCUCCCAUCCCUUGUUUCAAUUCGCAUGUAUGGUUUGACUGUGUGUGAAAGAAUUUGUGUGGUGUGUUCUGGAGUUUGGGAAUGUGUUUUGUGUUAUUCUGUUUGAGCAGGUAUUUGCGAUGAUAGAUCUUGAGAAGAUCUUUCUGAGGCAACAAGAAUCGCUUCAAUCGGAGCAAGAACGCGAAAGCUAUGAAAAUUCAAAGUUCAUGAGCUUGCGUUACAAUUGCGGCGGUUACUAAGUGAAGUUGUGGGGUGACUUUAUAUGGAGUUGGGACCUUUGGGGUUGGGGAAACUUGUCACUCUACUGUAACAGCUGCAAAUAGGUUGGGAACAACCAAGCUAGG